GGAGUACGGUACGAGUACGGUACGUUCUGUCGCAGACUCGGGCGCCAGCCACAAGGGGCGAUAGCCUGGUAGCCUGGGCAAGCGGUGACGACAAAGUCAUAUGUUCGGUAAAACUUGGCACGGGAGUUCCAGCACCGGUACCGGGACUGAGUCUAUUUCGCUCGGCACGAAUAAUACACAUGCACACGACUGGGUGGAUUCCUCCUCUUGCUCUUUUUUUCCUUUUCUUUUCUCUUUUUUUGUUCGGAAUAAUUUAACCGGGGGUGGCUUUGGUUGGUGGUGGCGGUCAAUCUACCGGUAUCAGACCGGUCAGGUUGGUGUUACAGUACCGGUAUGAUACUGUAUGCAGGGGGGGAAACGACCAGUGCUGCUGCUGCGGUUGAUACAUUUACGGUACGGUAGUCCAGCUCUGGGUUUGGCAAGCUGAGGAGUGAUAGUUUGGGGAAAACAUCGCUCGACGGAACUCCUCUUGAGCCAUGAUUUGGGUUCGGAUAUCUUCCACCCUCUUUGUGGGUUGGCAAGCUCAACGUAAAGUCUUUAUUUCCGUCAGAUUGGAGAGUUUCUUCCGUGGAGGCCAUUGGUGAAUUUACUCGAGUGCGAUAAUUUGCAUUUUUGGACGGGGAUAAUUUAUUGGGUCAUUGUAUGAUUGACUUUUACCGGCUGACAGCUCUCAUCUGACAUAAUCCAUGGCACGAGGCUCAGUCGCGUGUGCUUAGGCUGGACAGGAGGAGGAGGAGGAGGAGGAGGAGGAGGAGGAGGAGGAGGAGGGAUCCAUCGUGGCUGGGGAGAGGGGGAGUAUAUUGGAGUCCCCGUUGCUUGUGUUUGUGGGCUUUGUCUGAUGGGGAUGUGUCUUUCGUAGGGCUUUCUUUGGUGUGAUAUGUCCCCUAUUAAGCUGAUAACCGAGGGAUAACAGUAUGGACAAUCAAAUACCAGACGGAAGGGGCUGCUGUGCUCAAGCUACUCCAGAGCUUGAUGUCCGUUUAUUGAAUUCCUCUAUAGAUUAUCAUGCUCUCACUACCGUAGUAGCUUACUCGGGUACAUUCGGCCGUCCACGAGUACAUGUCUACUGCUCGUAGGUUUGGCCAACCGGUGGUAAACAUGAGUUUUAUAGGCCCGUGGUAGAGUGCUCUUGUGCAGGUGGAGUUCACGGUCUACUGUACGGUAAGUGCGGUGCACCGGUGAUCGGGACGGAAUUUCCUUAAGGCUGUCAAUAGUCCGUGCAGAUACUGUACGGUAAAUUUACUGCACAGGGUACCGGUAAUGUACGGUAGCCAUGGAGAGAGGCAUCAGCCACUGCCUCUCUGUGGGCGGGGGACAUCCCGUGGGUGUGUGGAUUUCAGUUCUUGAUGCUGUUCUCGCUUUCACUCAACGGAUCUGGCUGAAUUGUGUGAGACAUGCUUUACCCGAGCGGUGCCUGUUAUGAUUUGCUAAGUUUCUGGGUCUGCUUGUACGGUCAUGUAAGUACUGUACGGUACGGUGCAAUAGCGGUACGAUAUGAUGGUGAUUUCUCCUGUCAGCCCUCGCUCAGCUUUUGCUUUUCCCCCGCCCAAAGUGCUUCUCGCUGCCAGAUCGAAUGAAAGGAAUCCGAGCCUCUUUCCGCCAUACAUUUCCCUUUCUUCAUCCUGUGAACCAUACUCUGCUACAUUCUAUCUCGCUCGAGGCUCAACCAUCCUUCCGUUCAUUUUGAUCUCCACUGUCCUUUUCGUGCAAACACCUCGUUUUUUACCCUCACACUAUUUUUGAUCACGGACCGCAGAAAUUCAUCACCCCACCAUCUCAGUCUGUCAGAGGUCGUCGACUCGCUUCCUGCUCCUGCUUACUGUGUGUUUUCGAGGUACCCGAGUACACACCCCGAACUACUUCAGGGGGCUACGAGAAGGAGAGGCUGAAAACUCCCUUUGAACACCAAUCAUCGCAUUCACACCGACUGUCGCGACAACUCCUUCAUCUACCACCCAGUCUCCCCUACCCCCUUGAGUUACUCCAUAGACGAUUACACCACAUCACCUACGGAAUACAUCUUAACUAAACGGAGCUGCAGCACCGAUACUACUUCUAGGAAGCUGUUGCUGCGCUGGUUAACCCAUUAGCUUUUCUAUUUCUCUUUUCUAUACGUUUACAACAUGCCUGGUUUUGCGGAUUCCUUUUGGUCGGGCGACUACGCUGGUGGUUAGUUGGAUGGUCCUUUUGUCAAAAUCUGCCCCUCUCUUCCUCCCCUCCAGAUCACCCUUCCCCCUUGAAGGCAUCGCGCCCUCUUCGGAUGUGCUGACCUUGAGUGACAUAGGUCUUGGGGUUCUUUUCGGAAAACUUCAACAGGGUGUAAUAGAGAACCAGCAAAUUUUGCAAAUCUCCAAGUUACGGGCUGAUGCGGAGGAUGCUUAUGGGCAAAGGCUUGCCACUAUUCCUGCAGGAGCCGAGAAGCCGGGUGGAUUCGGCCGGGAUGAUGGUGCUAGUGUGCGAAAGGUAUUGUUCGGAUUUAUUUGAUUCUGCGUUCGUUGCUUGCGAUAGGAGGGUGGACUAGGUGCUGACGAAUGUGGUGGGGUUGUCUUAGGCAUUUGACGGGUUGAAGAAGGAAAUGGAUGAUGUGAGUUAACAUUACCUUAUCUGCUCCGGAUGAAGCUUAUCGGUUCUUCAUCAGGCCGGAAAAAAUCACCGCAAAGUUGCAGAUAAUAUUCGCCAACUCGUCAUCAGCCCUUUCUCCAAGUGGUGCGAAGCCCAUGAGGAACGCAUCAUAAAUUCUCACGAUGAUUUACAGGGCCAAAUCAAGAGCCACGAUAAACAGGCAGAAGCCGUGAAAAAGCUUCGGUCCCAUUAUUUCAACAAGUGUCGCCUUGUUGAGGACUUGGAGGAAGAGACUAAAUUUAUCCAAGUGCCAGCUCCGGGAACCCCGUCCUCUGCAACAGCUCCUCCAACAGCACUAGCGGCAGUUGCUACUGCCGCCCCUGCAAUCAAAUUACCAGAACCUGAUGAUCCAGAAGAGGAGGAGCCGUUGGAAAUUGGCGACUUGUUCUACCAGCCAGCUGAGGUGAAGAAGAUGUUGGCACAUAUGUUGGAAACUAUCCCCUUAGGGGAAGUUAAGGUUGCUAUCUUGGGAACCUACCAGAACGUUUCCACCGGAGAAAACAUCGUCAAAUUCAUCCAGGAGAACCUUGGGGCUACUUCGAUCUCCCACGCCGAACGCAUUGGACAGGACUUGGUCACCCACGGGUUUUUGAGACUUGUUGGAACCGUUGGGAAUACCUUUGCAAACAGUUCCAAACUUCACUACCAAUGGCGCCCAAAGACUUUCCAACUUACCGGAAAGCCGGAGAAGCCAGCGCAGAAGCCAGCCAAGGCCUUGGAGAAUGGGGAUACUAUCGAGAGUCCAACAAUGGCCUACGUUGGUGAUUAUUUGGGAGGUUUACUCACAAACCAACACCCGGGCGAGACUCCCGGCGACAGGCUGAGGAGAGAGGCAAGCGAGGCCGAUGAGCGGUACAAGGGUGGCGUGAAGAAGCUGGAUUUGAUGAGGUGUGCCCUGGAGGAGAGCAUGGUGGAGCACUUGAAGUUUAUGGAGAGGUGCGAGUUGGAUCGUCUAAAGGCCAUUAAAGCGGGUAGGGUAGCCGAGAUAAUCACGACAGGAAAUUUCUCGAUAAGCUGCUGGUGCUGACUCGAGAAAUAGUCAUUUUGGACCUUUCGGGGGCAAUCUCGAAUGUCAUCCCGAGCAUUCAAGCUACCGUAGACAACAUGCUCCUCUACCAGGAGACUAUCCAACCCCUCGGGGACUUGCGUUACAUGCUUGAGUCCUAUAGGACCGGUUCAUAUGCGCCGAAAGUGGUAACCUAUGAGAGCUAUUACAAUUCUGUGGAUGGUGGGUCUUCUGAAGAGGGCUAUGCGCCGUUGCAGUUACUUACGGUGGAAUCUAGAACAAACAUUUGGUGUGGAUCUUGAAGCUCGGGCUAGAGCGGAUCGUAAGCGUGUACCGAUCAUCAUCACGUCGGUUCUUACCUACCUGGAUCACCGUAAGCCACUUAUAGGAUAAGGUUUGAUUGAUUAAUUUCUAACAUUUUUGUAUGAUGUAGAUUAUCCCGAUCUUGAGGGCGACGAGGCGCGAAGGGGUAUUUGGCUUGUCGAUGUUCCACUUGCCGCCACUCACCACCUCCGAAAUGUUAUCAAUACUGGCAAAACGAUCCCCAAGGAGGCGCUUGCAACCUAUGAGAUCCCUAUCGUCGCGAGUGCUCUGAAGCUCUACCUCCUCGAAUUGCCUGGUUCGGAUAUCUGCUCUUAGUGUUGAAUUACUUUUGCUGACCCUUGGCAGACUCUCUCGUUUCUUCACAAAAGUACGAAAUCAUCAAAACGGUUUACACCACACACGGAGCCGAAGGAGAGGAGAAGCAGCGACUUGCGGUGAUUCAAAAUACUCUUGGGAGCCUGCCGUUGACAAACAUUGCCACUCUCGACGCCAUUACUACUCACUUUACCCGUCUCAUCGAGCUUACAUCUGCGGACGAUGCCUAUGUUACUGCCUUGGCUCAGGACUUGUCAAGCUGCAUCCUUCGCCCACGUGUGGAAUCGUCCCUCACCCAACACGAGCGCCACGCUUACCGCCUCGUUCGCGACCUAUUCGCCCACAAGGAGCAAAUCUUUGGAGAACUCAAACGGGCCUCGACCCUCAACUCUGGUCGUGCCCGAGCCGUCUCAACAGACGAAUCCCAACGCCGGGCGCUCAUGGAAGCUCGUAACCGCGCAGUGAUCGGCGCGGCGCGCUCCCGGCCCUCCAGCCCCGCUCCGGGUUCUCGCCACAGGAGAGACGCAUCUACCGACGGCGGGAACCGAUUUCCCAUUCAAACUUCGCCUACUGGCGGCUCUCCCCGAGGCUCAAGGUACAGGCCUUCGUCCCUUGAAGUGCCUGGAGGCGCUUCCUCGCUCGACCGAGACCAGAAACUCGAUAGUGAGGUUGAAACGCCGAAGGUCUCUAGUGAGCCGGAGUCCUUCGCCCAUCAUGAGUCCGAGGAGUCCUCCCCCGCGACUCCCACUGCAGGAGUAGAAAAGUCGAAUUCACUGACUAGGAAAUCACAAGCCGGUGGUGGCAGCACCAGAUUCCCGCGCAAGGGAGCUAAUCUUGUCAGAAGUGCGGCUGGAGGGCCGAAAAAAGAUUCUUUGACUAUGGGGGGAAGCUUUGAAGAGGAGAGACCUGCGGGCGUGAGUCUUACUGAUCGUCCUAUGGAUGACUAAUUGGUGAAUUGAUUGAUGUAACCAACCAUGCACCCACCCAUCCAACGUCUAAAAAGGGAAACUUUGGUGCUAUACUGGUUGGCCUGGCUUAAUGAGGACAUGAGAAAGUUGGCCCGGAAAGAACGGUCUGGCCUUGGUCUGGUACGGAUUUAUUUGGUUGGAGCUUUUUCCUUGUCUCUUUCCUUUUCCUGUUCUUUUUUUGUCAUUGGCUCUUUUUCACCCCUCCCCCCGAGGAAAGGGGAGGCGCUGUAGUACGGUAGCAUAGCUCUUUCUCUCUCUUUUUUAUUUUUAUUUUUUAUACUUUCUCUUACUCUUGCUUAGGGGAGAAUGUUUGUUUUCGCUCGCUCAUUUGAUAUGUAUCAUGAAUAUUCCUCCUUGUGGUACCGCGCUUGGUGAAUGGAUUCACUUGUAGCGCGAGCGUUACGGUGAGGUUUUGUGCUGCC